GCAGCCUCGAGCCUGUCUGCUUCAGAGCUCAACGGCUGCUCUCAGUCUUUUUACAGUGUGGAGGGACUCCGCUCAUGCGUGAUGUGACUCGAGCAGCUGUGGGACUAGUCGCUCCGAGACGCCUCUAGUGUGGCAGCGGAUGCGGAGUUUUGCGUGUCUGGCAGCGGGAUCGAUGCACCAGCAAUUAGUCAGCUCCAAUUAGUGCUCAUUAACAGCCAGCCAGACAGUUGACGAGCUGCUGCCUUCUCCCCGGACAUCAGCAGCUGGGAUGUGUGAGUAGAUCCCGCCAGGCUCACAGCACCCAGAGGUGUCUCCAAACAUGGACAGGAUAGGGGUGUCAUUCCUGGACCCUUUGGAUGACUACGAGUUAAUCCACCGGAUUGGGUGCGGCACCUAUGGAGAUGUGUUCAAGGCUCGCAACAUCAAGACAGCUGAACUGGCAGCUAUCAAGAUUGUCAAGCUCGACCCUGGUGAUGACAUCACGUCCAUCCAGCAGGAGAUCACCAUGAUGAAGGAGUGCAAGCAUAAAAACAUUGUGGCCUACUUCGGCAGCUACCACAGGAACACCAAGCUGUGGAUCUGCAUGGAGUACUGCGGUGGGGGGUCACUUCAGGACAUGUACCACGUGACGGGCCCAUUAAAGGAGAAGCAGAUCGCGUACGUGUGCAGAGAAACCCUCCAGGGUUUGUAUCAUCUGCAUGAAACUGGCAAAAUGCACAGAGACAUAAAGGGAGCCAACAUCCUUUUGACAGAGAGAGGAGACGUGAAACUGGCUGAUUUCGGAGUGGCAGCAGAGAUCAGUGCCUCUGUAGCCAAAAGGAAGUCUUUCAUAGGAACUCCCUACUGGAUGGCUCCAGAAGUGGCAGCAGUGGAGAAGAAGGGCGGCUACAACCACCUCUGUGAUAUCUGGGCCGUCGGCAUCACCGCCAUCGAGCUGGCUGAGCUCCAACCGCCCAUGUUUGACCUCCACCCAAUGAGAGCGCUGAUGUUGAUGUCCAAGAGCAACUUCCAGCCUCCAAGACUAAAGGAUAAAACCAAAUGGUCAGCAGGUUUCCAGAGCUUUGUGAAGAUGGCUCUCAUUAAAAACCCUCGUAAAAGACCCUCCGCUGAGACACUGCUGCAGCAUCCGUUCGUGACACAGCUCCUGACCCGUAACCUGGUCAUCGAGCUGCUGGACAUGGCCAACAACCCUGAGCUCCACACCACCCACACACACAGCAUGGACGACAACGACAUGGAGGUUGGGGAAGUGGCUCCUGACAAGAUUCAGUCAGCAGGGAAACACCUGCCUGUAGAGAGGACCCUGUCUGAAGAACAAUUCGACCAAGUGAAGUUCGGGCCUCCACUGAGGAAAGUCACUGAGCCUUAUCCUGAUUUGCAGGGCUCUUAUGAUGAUGACUGGAGUCUGUCUGGAGAUGAAGACAGCUCACCGAGCCUGUUGGAAUGUGUGGAGCAAGCUCUGCAGCUGAGGAGUUUAACCAUUAGGAGGGCGCCAUCUACUGAUGGAGGUAGGAAGAGUGGUUUGUUUAGUCCAUCGACAGCCUCCCUGCCAGCCUUCAGCUCGUUAACUCCCAACGCAGAGGACAGUGACCAAUCGGUGAGACCCAGCUGCACACUGGGCCCCGACACAGCUGUCACUUCCGACUCCACCUCCACUACAGUGUUGGCCAGGUGUUCAGCCACACAGGACAUCAGACAGCGCUGCAGUGAUCCAUGUCUUCCUGUGGGGGAUGCUGCAGUAGCAGAGAAGAGAAAGGUUGUGCCUGUUUCCUCACCAAAGAGAGAGACGCCACUAUCACCGGAAUGGAGCACACUGAGGAAAAAGACUGAGGACGCUAGGGCUGAUUGUCAUGGACUUCCUCCCACCCCUCAAGUCCAUAUGGGUGCCUGCUUCUCCAAAGUCUUCAAUGGUUGUCCCCUUAAAAUCCACUGUGCUGUCACAUGGAUUUUACCCAAGACAAGAGAUCAAUACCUUAUUCUUGGGGCAGAGGAGGGUAUUUACAUACUGAACCUUAAUGAACUUCAUGAAGAUACACUAGAGAAGCUGCUCCCUCAGCGAUGCACCUGGCUCUACAUUAUGAACAACGUGCUGAUGUCCGUAUCAGGGAAGUCUUCCCAACUUUAUUCCCACAGUUUGCCGGCACUGUUUGAGCAGAGAGGACAUAUGCAGAAGAAACACAGCAGUUUAUCACUGAGCACCAGCCGCCUCACUGAGAGGAUCAGCUCCAGCCACAGAAAGUUUGCCAUAUCUGUGAAGAUCCCAGACACUAAAGGCUGUAGGAGAUGUAGUGUAGCUAGAAACCCGUACACAGACAGUACAUUUCUAUGUGGGGCAGUUCCAUCCGGCCUGGUUCUUCUGUUGUGGUAUGAGCCUCUGCAGAAGUUCAUGCAUCUAAAGCACAUAGCGAUGAGGCUUCCUGACUCUCUGCCGAUAUUUGAGCUGCUGGUGUUGGUGUCAGAUGAGUUUCCCCAGCUGUGUGUUGGUGUGAGAGACUGUAGUAACGGGAAGCGUCCAAUCAGCCCACAGCUCCAGUUUGACAUUAUAGAGCUGAACAGCACGCCUAUUUCAUCACCAGACAGUGGAGCACUCAAAGCAGUACAGGUGACCCAGCUGGACAGAGACACUAUUCUCAUUGCAUUAGAAAAAACUGUUAAGAUUGUGAACCUCCGGGGGCUUCCAUCCAAAGAGCUGGCUGCUGAGAUGGUCUUUGACUUCCCCAUCGAAACUCUAGUCUGCCUGCAGGAUAGUGUCCUGGCUUUCUGGAAGCACGGCCUUAAAGGGAAGAGUUUUCAUUCAAACGAGGUGACGCAAGAAAUUACAGACGAGAGUCGAGCGUUCAGAGUGUUGGGAACAAGCAGGGACAUCAUUCUUCAGAGCACACCAACAGAUGACCCCUCAGCACUCAGCAACCUGUACAUCCUGACUGGACAUGAGAGCAGCUACUGAGAGGAAAUGGAUCGAUUCUUCAAAACUGUAGAGAAAUGCAGAUGUGUUGUGUUCCAUAACCCAAAGAUGGAAACUGUGUCCUCC